AUUUUAUUUAAAGCAUUUUAGUAACUACAAUCCUUUGGUUUCAGACAUUUCCAAGUAGCUGAACCGUUCGUACAAUCCACUGAGCGCAGAGCUAUCUUAAAAGUUUAUCUCCACCAGUCAAAUACACUAAAAUAAUUUAAACAUGGUUUACUCUUCGGACUUUUACACUUCCCGCAGACCGGCGUACUACAAACCAGCCAGCUCUUAUUCAGUCACCCCACUGUAUUCGUCCGAUGGCUAUGAUUUGCCACCUACUUACUAUAAGGCGCAUCAAGUAUAUCAGACGAGUACUACACCUACUCCAUUUAUUCUGACACCAUCAUUAUCAACCGGGAAACCAUCUCCAAAUGUUUUACCUUACAAUGGUUACCCUUAUAAUCACCAUCAUUACGUACCAAUGCACAGAAGAUCCGCAGCUACAAUUCAUGGUGUUUUAGAUAGGAUAGAACAUCGUCCAAGAUCUCAUCCAUCAUACGACCCUACUGAUGAAUAUCUAAACUCUAGAAGUUCUACAAACUUUGAUGAUGUUACACGAGACAUUCGAGCUCAAACCGCUGGAUUGCUUAAACAAGUAUACACUCCUACAUUCAGACCCAAAAUAUCUUCGGUGUCCAAUGGAUAUAGUGAAUUACCCGUAUCACAACGCAUAGAAUCUGAUGCUUAUAUUGAAAAAAUUCUCUCUGACUCAGAUUCUUAUCGCCGUGAAAAUAACAUUGGUAAAGGACACUUGGCUUGUGUAUCAUAUGCUGGUGGUAAGGCUUACCCAAGGAGGAGGCCACAUUUGUCAAAAGAAGUUGACGACAACAUCACUAUGUUGUCUUAUUAUAAUAAAACAAGAGAAGCUGUGGCGGCAUCUUCAACAAAUCCAUCAAUUAAAGUAAACGGUACAGAUAAUUCGAGGAAUAAUUAUCGGGAAAAAAAUUCUGGAGAUGAUAACAAAAAUAAUUUUAAUAAGAAUGAAUCCACGUCAGACAAGAAUUUAGCAGCCGAAAAAGAAACAGUUCGAUUAGCUUCGGAAAAAGAAGCAGCAGAAAAGGAAGCAGCUCGAUUAGCAGCUGAAAAAGAAGCAGCUAGACUAGCAGCCGAAGAAGAAGCAGCUAGACUGGCAGCCGAAGAAGAAGCAGCUAGACUGGCAGCCGAAGAAGAAGCAGCUAGACUGGCAGCCGAAGAAGAAGCAGCUAAACUGGCAGCUGAAGAAGAAGCAGCUAAACUGGCAGCUGAAGAAGAAGCAUCUCGAGUAGCAGCUGAAGAAGAAGCAGCUAGACUAGCAGCUGAAGAAGAAGCAGCUAGACUAGCAGCCGAAGAAGAAGCAGCUAGACUGGCAGCUGAAGAAAAAGCAGCUCGAGUGGCGGCUGAAGAAGAAGCAGCUAGAUUGGCAGCUGAAGAAGAAGCAGCUCGAUUGGCAGCUGAAGAAGAAGCAGCUCGAGUAGCGGCUGAAGAAGAAGCAGCUCGAUUGGCAGCCGAAGAAGAAGCAGCUCGAUCAACAUUAGAAAAAAAUGUUGAAGAAACCGAAGAAAUUGAUCAAUCUGAACAACAAAUAAAUUUGUCUGAGAAAAUUAUAGAAACAAGCUCAGAAUCUCAAGAAACUAAUGAUGCUGCGAUUGCAAAAUCUUCAACUAUAACCACCUCUACUGAAAUAAUUAAUGAAGAUGAAGGAGGAGUUAAAACUACAGCAGUAUUUCAAAGAACAAUUAAACAAACAACGACCAUAACAAGUAGUACUGUUGUAUCUGAAAACGAUGAUGAUAUUAAUACAAAGGUUGAAAUACAAGAGAUAGUUGAAGAAAACGGUGAAGACAGUGAAGACGAACAUGACACCGAGCAUCUAGAUGCUGCUCAAGCGGAAGGACAAGAAUCAUCCGAGGAGGAAGACGAAUCAGAAGAAGAAGAGGAGUCCGAGGAAGAAUAAAAAGUUCAUCAUACUUAAUUACAUUUUUAUUUAUAUUAUUUAUUUCAAAAUUAUUUAUUUUUAUCAUUUAAAUAUUUAUAAUUUAUAUAG